UCAAUUAACUUACAGCAUGAAAAUUAUCAAAUUGUUAUAUUUAAAAUAAUUAUAUACAUAUAUUCUAAUUAUGUAAAAUAUAUAUAAACAUGAAAAUUAAUAUCUGCACGAUUGUGCGGGAUCAAAUCUAGUGUGUAGAAUUUAAAAUUUUAAUAAAAUAAGUAGUUUUGUCAGUAAUUUGUUUUCUUUUGUUACAAAGUUCCGUUUAAAAAUGAAAUACCAUGUGAUGUUUUCUCUGCAUUUAAUUAUAUUUUGGUAAAAAAUAUAAUUUUAAAACGUGUGAAAUCUCUAGUUUUGUAAUAAAAUCUUUAGUUUGGACGAUUGGUCAUACAUUCCACUUGAAGUUGAUAACGUAGGUAAUUGAGAUUUUGUUUCUAAUUUUGUUUUCUUAUUGAGAUUUUGUUUCUAAUUUUCUUUCUUUAAAAGAAAGUCAUAGCCAAAGACAAAGCACACAAAUCUAAGAAGAUUGUAUCACAAAGAUGACUAACUGUAAUUUUAUCAUUGUCGUUAAGUUCUUCGUUACCUUCUUAAUAUUUGUUUCUCCAAACAAAAUAUUAGCUUUUUAUGAUAGAUUCUAUGGAUAUGCUGAAGAACCAAUGGGUCCAUCAUUCUCAUAUGAAGUUUUUGAUGUCUCCACGUUCGGAGCCAGCCCUAACGCGGACACAGACAACACUCUUGCAUUUGAGAAGACAUGGUGGGCAGCUUGCAACCACCAAGGAAAAUCAAAGUUUUACGUCCCGGAAGGUAGAUUCUUAGUGGGCGAGAUCCAGUUCAAGGGCCCUUGUCGCACUGAAUCAACCAUGGAAGUUGAGAUUACAGGAGAUCUAAUUGCUCCAACGGGCAUUAAGGAUUUUCCUUCGAAUCAAUGGAUUGGUUUUAGUCAACUAAACGAUAUCUUCUUGUACGGAAGUACUAACUUAGAUGGUAGAGGCGACGUUGAAGCCUGGAAACAAAAAAGUUGCGAGGACUCCAAAUGUGACAAACUCAUAACGUCUCUGAGCUUGGACAACGUGUCAAAUUCGAUAAUCGAAAACAUUUCGUUAUCAAAUGCGAAAGGGUUUCAUUUUCGGUUACACUCUGCUAGCAACGUUACGGUCCACAACGUUAGUAUCAGCUCCCCAUGGGACAGUCCUAACACCGAUGGGAUCCACGUUCAUAACUCCUCUUUCAUCUACAUCACCAACUCAACCAUUGGAGCCGGAGACGACUGCGUCUCCAUCUCAACUGGGAGUCUUGAUGUGCUUGUCUCCGGCACACAUUGUGGUCCAGGCCAUGGAUUCAGUAUAGGGAGCUUGGGGAAGGUUAAGAACGAGGAAGAAGUGAGAAGAAUUAAGUUUCAAAACUGCACCGUUAACGGGGCUGAUAACGGAGUUAGGAUUAAGACAUGGCCUACAUCACCGCCGAGCGAAGCUAGUGAUAUAACGUUCGAGGACAUUUUAAUGAUUAAUGUCUCUAAUCCCAUUAUCAUUGAUCAAGAGUAUUGCCCUUCUAAUAGCUGCAACACCACCUCUGCAUCGUUGGUGAAACUGAGCAACAUAGAGUUCAAGAACAUACGAGGAACGUACAGAAGUGAUUUCGGGGUGAAUCUGAGGUGCAGCUCUGUCGUGGCCUGUGAGAACAUAACGCUUAUCGACGUCAAUCUCAAUGGUACUAACUCAACUUAUAAGACGCCGAAGGAGAAGUGGGAGCAAGAGAAAUUUAGUACGAAGGGUAGCCUUAAUGGCUUAGCGGUUUUUAACUCAACUUUUAACUAGUUAAUCAGGGCAUCCACAUCGCCUUCAAUCUCUUCUUUCUUGAGAAAUUGAUAAAAUAGUUAACUAGUUAGACAGGGCAUCCACAUCGCAUUGAAUCUGUUUUUUCCUCAAAAAUUAAUAAAAUAGUAUUAUUAUCGUAUAACUAUUUUUAUUUAUUUAUAGUUAAUCAGACCACUAGCAGUCAAACAUCUGUCGGAAAAGGUUCAAGAGGUUCGGCUAGAUACUACCGUUAGAAUAUUAUUUUUAUUUAUUUUUAAUAAAUCAGACCACUGGCAAUCAAACAUCUGUCGGGAGAGGGUCUUAAAACUGAAGAAGAGGUUCUGUUCAGAGAUAUUAUCUGUCACCUCACUCUUCCUUUUACAUUUUUUAUAAUUUUUAAUCUGUUGAAACUCCGCUAGAUACUACCGAUAAAAGUGGUCUAAGAUCAUAUACACAUAUCAAAUACUAUACACUCUAUAAUAUUAUUUGAAAACUCAGUUUCAUAUGUGUCGCAUUCAUGUUAAUUCUUAAAGUGAUUAAUUACAAAUGUAUUCUUAAUAAAUUAAACUAUUAUUUUAAAUUGCCAUUAUUAUUUUUUUUUAAUAAUUUCUGCCAAUUAAAUUUUAAAUUUUAGUUUCUUUUUUAUAUAUUAUCUAAAUAACAUAUAUAAUAAAAAAGAAAAUAUUUAUAUAAUAAAAAACGAAAAUAAUAUUUACAAAAAGGAAAGAAAACAUAUUUUAUGAAAAUAUAUUUUAUAUAUAAUAUGAUUUCAUAAAAAAAGUGUAAAAAUAACAGUUUUGAUGUUAAAAAGAUAAUCAUCUCUUUAAAACAUAAUAUUAAAAAAACAUAUAUUGUUUUCUUUAUAUCAGUCUAUUUUCUCAGAUUUUUACAAAAGGUAAUUUAAAUAACAGAUACUAAAAUAUCAUUGAUGAACCAAAAAUAUUUUAUAAUUGAUAUGAUUGAGAUGUUUACUCAUUUUCACAUAUUUUUUUUGUUAAAAUUUUAACUACAAGUUUUUAAAAAUUUACAAAUCCAUCAAAUUAUAUAAAAGAAUUUACGGAAGUAUAUAUACAUAUUUAAGAUAAAAAAUCUGAACUAAUGAAAUAAAUAAAAUAUUCAAAUUUAGUUUAGCUAUAAUCAAAAGUAAUUGUGAUUCAAUUUGAAAAAAUAUGUGUGUAAUUCAUUAUAAUCCAAAAAUGAGUAAUUUAAACAAUCUAUAUUUUUAAGUCCAAGACCAAAGACUAAAUUUAGAAAAAUAAAAAUUAAUUAAAAAAUUAAUCUAUAUCAGCACAUAAAUUAUACUAUGGUUAAAUUUGGAGAAUUAAAUACAAUUCAAUACCGAAGUAAUAACCACAUGAAAUAGAUAUUACAUAUUCAAGUUAUAUGUCUAAUUAAAAUAAUAUAAUAUUAUUUAAAAUAAAUCAUACACAUUAAAAUUAGAAUAUUAAUAAUUUAUAAUAUAUUUAUUUGUAUAUAUUUGUAUCUGGCAUGAGCACGGGAAAAUCACUUAGGGGGGAGGGGUGUAUUCAAUCUAAAAUUUGAGAUGAUUUGAUUUUUAAUGAGGUUUUAGAUGAUUUUAAGGAAUUGCAGAGAAUAAAAUGAUUUUUGUUAAACCACUCUAGAAUAUCAACUAAAACUAUGGGAUUUGAGUUUUUAUUUUUUUAACUAAGAAACUCUAUUCAAACACUUUAAAAUCUCUUAAAAACUUUAAAAUUCCACAACCUUUAUAAAAUGUCAAGUUUAAUAAAACUGAAUUUUAAAUGAAUUUUUUAAAUUCAUGUUUUAAUAACAUGUUCAAUAACAGUGGAUUUGUCAUUUUAACAUAAAUCAUAUAAAACUUUCAAUUGAAUACACUCCCUAGUUAAAAGGAUAAAUAGGGGUUGAGAUUUGAGGCGACACUUUGUAUUCUUCUUUUCUGAGAGAUAGUAAAAGAAUGUUCCAACUGGCAAUUGGCUCAAUCAGCAUACAAUAAUAUUUGAAAGUCAUUUCAGAAUUUGCCAACGGAAAAGGUUUUAUGAUCCUAAUUGUUUUCAACUCACGAAUAUACAAGUAAAAGUACUAGCAUAAUUAAGAGAUAAAUGUAAGGGAACCAUCGAUAAAUCAGCUUCAAAGCCACCGUGCGUUUCAUCUCUCAACGUUGUUAUCCUUCCCCCAUGGUAUUCCGUUAGACUCGUAAUGGAGUUUACUGGAUAUUUUGCCCGUGUUUCGUUAAAUUAGCUAGCUGGAUUUGUUUAACAUUUCUAAGCUUCUUUUAUUUUCUUAAAUUUACAAUUUUAAGUGGAAGUCCUUUUAUUCAAAUCAUUUGAUUAAUAAUUUAUUAAUGUUCUCACACCAAAUUUCAAAUUAUACAA